CGUCAUAGGCGUGCGCGCCGCGGCCGUGUGCGUACUUCCUGGGCGGGAACACCAAAAUGGCGCCAGAGCCAGUGGCGGGUUGAGGCUGCUGGCCUUAUCCGGAGCCAGCGUACGGUCCCGGGCCUCUCGUCCCUCUCUGGACAUGGAGGAUGUGGAGGUGCGCUUCGCUCACCUCUUGCAGCCCAUCCGGGAUCUCACUAAGAACUGGGAGGUGGACGUAGCGGCACAGCUGGGCGAGUAUCUGGAGGAGCUGGACCAGAUCUGCAUUUCUUUUGAUGAAGGCAAAACCACUAUGAACUUCAUUGAGGCAGCACUGUUGAUCCAGGGCUCAGCUUGUGUCUACAGUAAAAAGGUGGAGUACCUCUACUCGCUGGUCUACCAGGCUCUUGAUUUUAUUUCUGGCAAGAGGCGAGCCAAGCAGCUCUCUUUAGUACAGGAAGAUGGGAGCAACAGAGCCGUCAACUCAGGAGCUCCCUAUGAAACAGAGGAUGAGCUCCUGUCCCUGGAUGACUUCCCUGACUCCCGGGCCAAUGUGGAUCUGAAAAAUGACCAGGCAUCCAGUGAGCUGCUCAUCAUACCCCUUCUGCCCAUGGCCCUGGUGGCCCCUGAUGAAGUGGAAAAGAACAACAGCCCCUUGUAUAGCUGUCAGGGUGAGGUCUUGGCCAGCCGGAAGGAUUUCAGGAUGAACACAUGUACCCCCGGCCCCAGAGGUUCCUUUAUGUUGGAUCCAGUGGGAUUGUGUCCUGUGGAGCCUCCAGAUGUGUGCCCCAUGCCAAGGAGCCGGAAAGAUGCUGAGGAUGUUGAGGAGCAGCCAAUGGAAGUCUCUAGGAAUGGGAGUCCUGUUCCUGUACUCUGCGUCUCCCAAGAGCCAGAUGGCCCUAUGCUCAGUGGUGGAGAUGAGGAUGCAGAGGAUGUAGCAGAACUCCCAGAGGUUGCUCCAGAGACUGCAGAGCCCAGGACCUCACAGCAGAGUGCCACUUUGCCAAGGAGGUACAUGCUGCGGGAGCCACGAGGGGCCCAGGAGCCCGCCUCCCGGCUACAGGAGACCCCAGACCCCUGGCAGAGUCUGGACCCUUUUGACUCCUUGGACUCUAAGCUCUUCCAGAAAGGUAAGCCCUAUUCUGUGCCCCCCUGUGUGGAAGAGGUUCCGGGACAGAAGCGCAAGAGGAAGUGUGCUACCAAGCUGCAGGACUUCCACCAGUGGUACCUGGCUGCCUAUGCCGACCAUGCUGACAGCGGGAAGCCUCGGCGAAAGGGCCCAACCUUUGCAGACAUGGAAGUGCUGUACUGGAAACAUGUAAAAGAACAGCUCGAGACCCUUCAGAAGCUGCAGAGACGGAAGGUGACUGAGAGAUGGCUGCCCAGUGCCAAGGAGGAUCUGUGGCCUGUAGAGGAGGAACGCUUGGAAGAUUCCCUAGAAGACCUAGGGGUAGCAGCAGACGACUUUCUAGAACCUGAAGAGUAUGCAGAGCCUGAGGGGGUGAUGCCUGGGGAAGCUGCUGACCUAGAUGCAGAGGCGAUGCCAGAGUCCCUGCGAUACGAGGAGCUGGUCCGAAGAAAUGUGGAACUCUUCAUUGCCACCUCCCAGAAGUUUGUCCAGGAGACAGAGCUGAGCCAGCGCAUCAGGGACUGGGAAGAUACUAUCCAGCCCCUGCUCCAGGAGCAGGAGCAGCAUGUACCCUUUGAUAUCCACACCUACGGGGACCAGUUGGUCUCACGCUUUCCCCAGCUCAAUGAGUGGUGCCCCUUUGCAGAGCUCGUAGCUGGGCAGCCUGCUUUUGAGGUGUGCCGCUCCAUGCUGGCCUCCUUGCAACUGGCUAAUGACUAUACGGUGGAGAUCACCCAGCAGCCAGGACUGGAGGCAGCUGUGGACACCAUGUCUCUGAGACUGCUCACACACCAACGAGCUCAUACCCGCUUCCAGACCUAUGCUGCCCCCUCCAUGGCCCAGCCUUGAGUGGAGAGCACUGAGGCAGGGGUGGAAGAGUUUCACUUCCUGGGAUCCGGAGAAGGACUCGAGGUUUGAACUGAGAGAGCCUGGGCCAAGCUUUGGGCCCUAGAGCCAGUAGCACCAUGGACCUGAAGCCUCUGGAAAAGAACGGAGAUGCCAGAAGUCAGAAAAGAGCAGACAAGGAAGGUGCCCGGGCCUCCACCGAGGGAGAAAUUCAUCCCCCCACAUCCAAGCAGCUUGGCCAGCUGUCUGCAUGGGCCCAUCGGAACUCAGAACUGUUCCACCUCAAGCCUUCAGCUUCGGCAACACCAAAUGUCCAUAGAUGGUUUGCUCCACACCUGUCACUCCUAGUUCUUUAACCUAGGAGCCUCGGCUUCAUUACUGCAAUCUAUGGACGGACAGCCUGCACCUCAACUGCCAGGCUUCCCUCUGAUGCCUGGAGGCAUUCAGAAUAUGCUUUGCCUGGGCACCAGAGCACACGUGUCUAUUUACAAUAAAUCUUUUAAAGGAA